AUGAACGUCCAGUACAACUCGGCCCUGCGCCAAAGCAAGGCCAUCCGCAAAGAUCUCGAGAAGCUCUCCGACUCUGCAGCCCAAGCCGCCGCUCUGACCCCAUCCGAGAUCGGCAACGUCUCUGCAUCCCUCGCCUCCUUCUCCAAGACCGUCGACGAGUACAACCAGCUUGCGCGCCAGGAGCUCGUCCCCAAGAAGCAAGAGGAGGCCUUUGAGCGUGUCAAGCGAUUUCGCGACGAUCUGGCCGACUUCCGAUCCCAAGUCGACGACCUCAAAAAGGCCCGCGAAGAUGCAGUCCACAGCAACAACCGAGGCGAGCUACUGGGCCGUCGAGCCUAUGUCACUUCGACACCAGAGAACCCCUACGCCAACGUCAACAAGUCGUCCUCGUUCCACAGCAGAGGCGCUUCAACAGGAGGCCAGGUCGGUGGUUUGAGUAUGGGCGGAAACGAUGUCACGAGAGAGCAGCACGCGCUGCGCGAGCAAAACUUCUUUGCGCAGACGAAUUCAGCACUGGACGAGUACAUUGCUCGCGGCCAGGCUGUCCUCGGCGAUCUUGGAACACAGCGCGAGAUGCUCAAGAACACCCAAAAGAGGCUAUACUCAGUCGGCAAUACGCUGGGCAUCUCCGGUGACACUAUCCGCAUGAUCGAGCGCCGUGCGAAGGAGGACAAGUGGAUUUUCUGGGCUGGCGUCAUCGUCUUCUUCCUCUUCUGCUGGCUGGUCCUUCACUUCCUGCGAUGA